AGGGAUGAAGACCGAGCUGACGUCAAUCGCGCCAAUAAUGGGGAGAACGCUUGCCGACGGUUUGCCAGAUGGGGUGAUGGCGUCAUGUUGCCGUCCAGCCGAAGUCCUGGCCCUAAUCAGCAAAAAUGGCCAACUGGCGGAGCGGUGCUCUCGGCCAAAACUCUGCCAAAGAGCUCGAAAUUCAAACUCAUUACGAAGCAAUUGGCCCUUAUUAUUUAAGAAUUACACAACUUUUCAAGACACUGUGGACCAAGCUAAUCAUCAAACGGAAUUAAGAAGCAAGUGGUUAGACAGCUAUUACCGCAGGCGCAUUUCCCCAUGUUACAACUUAAGGCUCAAUAUGUACAAAUAA